GAUUUCGGAGUUCACAGAUAAAUUCCAAUGAUUUAGAAGUUGAGACAGUACAGUCACAGGACAGAUACAAACUAGAAACAAAAAGUAAACCCAACCUGACUUACCCGACGGUUUGAUAGAUUAUUUUUAGUGAGCCCUAAAACUGGACUCACAAGGCUUGCAUGUAUUGUUGUUUUACAGGGAGUUGUUAAAUGGUUCGGUGAACUGGAAUGAUAUUGUAAAGGACUGUCUAAAUAUUGUGUCAAGGUCUUUUUUCUGUAUAUUGCUACCCACGUUUCACUCUCACAUUUCUUGUAGAUCUUUAUUUUUUCCAGUCCUGUAUGUACCUGUGUGCGCCAACUUGCAUCCACCCCGGGUAUUUUGAAGUGUUUGUUGUUUCUCCCCUUCCCCCCAAGACCGCCAUUGAUAAUUGACGCCAUCACGUGCAGUUCUCUGCUCAUUAGAGCGUGUCAGCCUAUUAAAUCGCAUUUGACAAACAAAAGCUACCCGACUGCCAUUCCUACCACAAGAAAAUGAACCCUCCCGUCUUGUUGUUAGCUGCGUUUGUGCUCAAGGUGUUGGUCUCGAGUCCCAGUGGUCAGGCCCAAACUACCGUGACAGACCUCAUAGGCAAUUUCCAGCGACUCCGGAAUAAGUCGUUCCUAACAGUCGCACCCUUCAGAAGUUACAUCCAAAGUUCCAUAGAAUAUUGUGCAGAAGCUUGCCUGAAUUCCACCUCCUGCUUGGCUUUUCGAUGGCAGCACGGUAUAACAUUGUUUACCAAUAUUUGCAACCUAUACGACAUGGUCGAAGAUCCCAUUAAUUCCAGUGACCAUGACUUGUACUUCAAGACUCUCCUCACCACCACUGUGCCCACCAUCAUACCAACAUCAGCACAUUCAACGCAACCGACAACCACUCAAGCAAAAUGUGUUUCUAUUGUGGGACCUGAAGUUUUGGCGGCUGUUACCAUAGCGACGACAGUCACCGGUUUUGUGCUUGGACUGAUAACAGGGGUGAUAACGAGCCAGCUGGUGCAGUGGUAUCGUUCUAAAGCCAAGGAGAACAGAAACUUAAGGCAAGCUGAUUUGGAAGAAGAAAACACUGACGAUGGGCAUUCUCUACCACUACCGCUCACGCGCACUGACCAGGCCGGAAAUGUCCAUGUCCACUAUGAUGUUCCAACAGAAGGCUUGUCUGUUCGUCGUCCGUCAAGUUGACCUUAUCUGGAACUUCAGCCUACAUCGUCUCGGUCUUAUGGAGAUGGCGACGAAGUGGAGAAUGUAGACCACAAGGGAAAUUCAGAUCCAGUCGGAAACUACGAGUUUGUUGACGACAGCCAGCUAACUUGACAGUCAGCCAACCAUUAGACAAACACUCCACUUCUUUGUUUGAUAUAUGUUUAUAUCAUUAUGCUAAGAAAACAAAUGCUGUGUUUCCAAUCGCGGCCCUGUAAGAAAUUAGCUGUUAGGUAACACUUAAAGGAUUAUGUUAUUUUUUAACACUUUUUUUAGCUUUCCCUCCAAUGAUCCAACAUAUACAGAUUGAGGAUUUUCAAAAUGCCUGAGGACACUGGCAUUUUCAACAUCAUAUCUCAAUAAUGAAGGCAUAGUCUCUACCAGACACCCGCCUGGCCAAAUAGGUGGCUUUGGUCAAAUUAGGAAUAGAAGCCUAGUAGGAGUUGAUUUGCCUAGGAGUGUUGGCCGGCCUGGCGGACUCCUCUGCCAUCCAACUCCUUUAGUGUGUUUUCUGUCUUAUUUGGCCAAUUUCUGCUAUUUUCCCCUCGACCUAUGGAGCCUGGUAAAGGCUACUAUUGUUAUAGAUUGACCUUAGGCGCGGUGUUAACAUCAAUGGAGCCUGUUUAUACUAUUUUGAUUUUUUUUCUAUUAAAACAGAAAUGAUGAGAAACGUACUAAACGACUUGUCCCACCAGGCACUUGCCCCAUACGCAUCGGUUCACCGGACAUGGUCACUGUAAUGUGAGAUAUGACAGUAAAUAUGAUCAACAAAAUACUAAAAUCAAGGUUGCAUGAUUUGGAGUAAAUAAGCACUCUUCUCACGAUUCCGGAGUUCAUAGAUCAAUUCAAUUAAUUUAGAAGUUGA